UGGGGCUCAGAGCUCACUGUGAGCUGUCCCUGCAGCAGUGGAAAACUCUCUGCGGCUCACGAUCGCAAGGGUGACACUGGUGAGGCUGUCUACUUGGUUGCUGUUCUCCUGGGACCCUCCCUGAGUGUCUGAUCCAUGCGGGGUCUGGGCAUGGAAAGGGGCUUUCGCAGUGUGGUGAUGGCUGUGCUGUUGGUCGCCAAUGUCGAGAGAACGAGGUCCAUGCUGGACUCCUGUGCUGACUGUCCAGCGGGUACUUUCUGUGAGAAAAAUAAGGAUCAGCCCUGUAUUCCUUGCCCCACAAAUAGCUACUCCAGCACGGGCGGACAAGCCGUCUGCAACAUCUGCAGAAAAUGCGAAGGUCCCUUCAGGACAAAGAAGCCCUGCUCGCCCACCAGCAAUGCCGAGUGCGAGUGUCCCCCAGGGUACCGCUGCUCCGGGCCAGGCUGCGCCAGGUGCCACCCCCACUGUGAGCGAGGCCAGGAAUUCACAGAAGAGGGUUGUAAAGACUGUUGCUUUGGGACAUUUAAUGAUAAGAAAGGUGGCGUCUGUCGACCCUGGACCAAAUGCUCUUUGCAUGGAAAGACUGUACUCGUGAAUGGGACGAAGGAGAGCGAUGCGCUCUGCGGGCCAAUUCCAGGUGACCUCUCUCCAGGGCCCUCUCCGCAGCUCUUCACCGUCCUCCUGGUGCUGAUUGUGGUUGUGUUCCUGGUGAUCUUCUGCUUGUGCCAGCGCUCCGUCCUCAACUGGAACAGGAAGAAGUUUGUGUACAUGUUCAAACGACCGUUUAUGAAACCAGCACAAACGGCCCAAAUGGAAGACGCGUGUAGCUGCAGAUUUCCACAAGAAGAGGAAGGAGAGUGUGAGCUGUGAGGGGACCGGAGAGCACGGGGACGGUCUUCACAGGACGCAGAGGAGAAAUUGCAGGGCGCCCACUCGCGGCCUCGGCAGUGGGAAACACCGUGCAGGACAGACCCACACUUACCUCCAGCUGUGUUUUCUAAUGCUAAUGAAUUGAUCUUUAAAAAGAACUACUGUUAGGUGGGCAUGGGGAUGCACACCUGUAAUCCCAGCACUGGGAGGCUGAGACAGGAGGAUCACUGCAAG